CCGUGAGAGCGUUGCAAUGAAUUUGGUUAUUGAACUUUCCUCAUCUCUGUCGAAAAGCAUUUGGCAAUGGGGGGGAGUCUAUUUGGAGACCCAUGAAAUACUUUCUAAAGACCCAUAGAAAGUAUUUCAUGGGUCUCCAAAUAGACUCCCUGGCAAUGGCCUGCAAGACAGUAUGAAAGUAUAUAAAUUUAGAAGUUUGGUAUACAUUUUGAUGUUAAAAGUAGAAGCCAGGUUAUUGUUUUGUAUUGCUGUUACUUUUAUGUUAUAAGCAUUUAUUGCAGGCAUCUACUGAAGUCGCCAUACCCAUACCGGACGAGCUACUCUUGGUGCUCCCAGAAUAUUUGGAAGCAAAAUAUGCUAGGUGACCCUCCAGGCAUCAUUGUUUUGUGGAAGUGACAAUCUGCACUUUAGCAAGAAACUAUGGCCUUUUUUGGGUGCUCAGCACUUGUUAUUCUUUGAACUCUAUCAUAGCUGUGAUUAGACCUAUUUUGGCUGUCUCUAUGGCUGGUACAAACUUGGCUGGGGUCUGGCUCUUGGUGGAUCACAUCUAUGAUGUCUUUUAUGGCAUGUGAAAUGAUUUGUUGGGGUCAUGUUUUGAAAUCAAGGCCCAAGCAUGAAUUUCUGACGCUGAGUUCACCAUUUUUUUGGGCUAGGAUGAGGAAUCUUAAGCUAAUUGAAUUUACUGCAGUUUGUAGUAGAGGGCUGAGCUUGUUACCAGAGAGACUAAUGAUGGUGAAUCUCAGUGAUGCUGAGUCAAAAGACAAAUUACUUUUUUGGAGGAAAGUGAAGUAAAUAUAAUACUGAGUCAAGUACAAGCAGUGCUUGGAAGAAGAAUUUAAUCAAAACUUGCAACUGAGUGAUGGUUCAGUGCAAGUGGGGUUUUGUACCCAAAAAGGUAAGAGUGCAUGUGUCUGAGCCUCAAUGAGGCACUAUUUGAAGGGCACUACCUGUCAUACUUAAAAUGUAAGACUGGCUCCAGAGAAUUCAUUGCCAACCAAAGAAGAAGCAGGCUCUCUUUCCCUAUUCCAGUCAAAGUACCCUUCUUUCACCUGGUUCAGUAUUUAUUGACUUCUAGAAAAAACUGAUUGUUUUUCAUGGGUUCCUCAUUAAUCCUAAGUGCACAUUUGUCCAGUUAAUUAGCUCAGGAAUCUUAACUUAUCUGUUUCAGUUUAUUAUAAUUAUUUAAUACCAUGGAUGUACUACUACCCUUCCUGAAGUUAGGAGAAGGAAGAUUAUGUUAUUUUAGGUGAUGUACCUGAAAGAAAGUAUGUAUGUCAAUGAGUGAGCCAUAUUGUUAAUUAGACAGUUUGUGGAAACACUAAAUAACCGUGUUUACAACAACACAGAACCAGACCUGACCUGAAAUCUCUCAUUUUCUCACUUUCCCAAAAUGAAAAAAUGUCAUAUAGUGAGUGGGUGGUGGUGAGACUUGCCCUACUGGGUGGUGAGGUAAUGGAACAGAAAAAGUAAGAGAGUUUUGCAGCAAUAAAAGCCCCCAAACCGUACGCACAAACCUACUCAGGAGGUCAGGUUUAGAGGCGUGAGCUUCAGAGUUGAAAAACACAACCCAAAAACUUUUAUUAUAUUAAAACAAAUGUGUGUUUUCCUUUUUUACAGUCCUUUUUAAUCGCCACACUUGCCUUCAGUUUAUGGGUUUCCGUAGUGUUGUCAGAGACAGGAGCUGCAGGCACAGAAGCAACAGAGAGGGGGUGGCAGCAGUCAUAAUGCAGCACUGUAUUCAGAACCAUUAGUUUUAUCCAUGUACAGAAGAUUCUGCAGGCCAAUGGUCCCUGGAAUAAAUAUACCUACUCUACUCUCUGACAUUAAUUAUUCACAAGAAGCAGCCCUGGUUCUUCCUCCAUUUUUUUUUUCACUUAAAACUCUGUUCCAAAGCAAAGUACUUGAUACUUUCUCUAUUUUUGUUUCUUUGAAUGAUGAGUAGUGCAAGAAAUGGGUUUCCCUUUACUGCCUCUCAGUGGCAAGAGCUUAAACACCAGGCUUUGAUUUACAAGUACAUGGUUUCAGGCAUCCCUAUACCUCCUGAUCUCCUGUUUACCAUCAAAAGAAACUGCUUGGACUCAUCGCUGUCUUCAGAGCUUUUUUCUCAUCAACCCCCUCAAAUUGGGUGGAGCUGUUUUCAAAUGGGUUUGGGAAGAAAAGUUGAUCCAGAGCCAGGAAGGUGUAGGAGAACAGAUGGGAAGAAAUGGAGGUGCUCAAAAGAAGCAUAUCCAGACUCAAAAUACUGUGAGAGACAUAUGCAUAGAGGCAAGAACCGUUCAAGAAAGCCUGUGGAAGUCACCCCAACACAAUCAACAACACCAACCCUGUCAUCAAUCAACAAAACACCCUCUACUCUUACUUCACUUUCUUCGUUCUCCUCUGAAAAUGGACAUGGCUAUCCUAGCUACAACUCCCAUGUCAAUCAUGCCUAUCUAUGUUCCAACACAUCUUCUUCAAGUUCGAGGCCUCCUGGAAUUAGUCUGUCACCACAUGACAGCUCCACCAACUUGGUUUUGGACUCUGGUUCAUAUUCCCAGACUAGCACAGAUUACAGGAACAGGUACAUUUAUGGGCUGAAAGAGGAGGUUGAUGAGCAUACUUUCUUCUCAGAACCUUCCGGGACUAUAAGAAGCUUCUCUGGAUCAUCAUCUAUGGAUGAUUCUUGGCAACUCACACCAUUGACUAUAAGUUCUUCUUCCUCUUCAAAACAGAGGAAUGACUACUCUUACUUGCAGCUUCAAAGCAGUCUCACUGAUCAUCAAAAACAAGAUCAGCAUAAUUAUCUUCUCGGUAAUGAAAUGGCCUUUAAAUUGCAGAGAGAAGAGGGAGAAGAGCCCCAAAAGACUAUGCAUCAUUUCUUUGAUGAGUGGCCACACAAGAACAAGAACUCAUGGCUUGACUUGGAUGAUAAAUCAUCAAUUUCAACAACUAGGCUCUCAAUUUCCAUUCCAUCCUCUUCACCAUUUUCACAUCUUCACUACAAGAACAGCCCAUAAUGAAAUGGUUUUGAGUUUUCAAAGGUGGGUUUAUGUAGUGAAGAGGCCAAAAAAUGUACCUGCAUAGUGGGGAAGUCUAUGUUGUGUGAGGUCUAAAGAGUAGGGAUGUUUUUUUUUCUUUCUUUCUUGCAAAAUGUGGUUGGGGUUAAUUUAUGUGUUUAAUGAAGUAUCCUAUGCCUUUUUCCUGGAUUGUUCUGCUCCACUUUAUAGUUCAUAGAUGGAUUUUGGAUGAGAUGACUGAGCCACAUCUGUUUUAUUGGUAGCUAAAGCAUUAGAUAUUGUAUCUCUUGUUCUUUCAAUUGUUGCUUUCAUUUUCAAACACCUACUCAAACCUAUUGCACAUUGCAAUUAUAGAUUGAGGGACCCAAUUGGCUCCAGAUUUUGUAACUUGUCAUAGCAGAACACAAAUGCUACUUUUGAUAAUUCAUUGGCACAAAAUUCACU